AAGGCGCGCGACCUGACUCAACAGACAUCACAAUCCAGCGCAAAAUGAUACUACUAGCUGCAUGCCAAUGCCAAGCUUGAGUUCUUUCUCCCGUCUCAAUCAACGCUGUUGAUCGAUCGCGAUCGAUCGACGGACAUGGCGCGUGCUGCCGGCCGCGUCGUCGUCGUCGCGGCCCUGGCCGUCGUCUGCUUCUUCUUCCUUUCGCCGCGCCCGUGCGCGGGGGCCGGCGACGAGCUGGUCGCAGGCGAGCUGCUCGCGCCCGGGAAGCCCCUAGUGUCGGACGGCGGCGCCUUCGCUCUGGGCUUCUUCUCCCCGUCCAUCUCCACUCCGGACAGACAGUACCUCGGCAUAUGGUACAACAGCAUCCCCGUCAACACCGUCGUGUGGGUCGCCAACCGGGAAACCCCCAUCACCAACGGCACUUCUGCGCCGAGGCUCGCGCUGGACAACGACUCCUCCAACCUCGUCCUGUCCGACGCCGACGGGCGCGCGGUCUGGACGACCGGCAUGGCGAGCGGCUCGCCGCCCGCGGCGCUGGCCGUGCUCACGAACGCCGGCAACCUGGUCCUCCGGUCCGCCAACGGGACCGCGCUGUGGCAGAGCUUCGACCACCCGGCCGACACGUUCCUCCCGGGCAUGAAGGUCUGGCUGAACCACCGGACCCACGAGGGCGGGCGCCUCGUGUCAUGGAGCUCCCCCGAGGACCCGUCCCCGGGGCGCUUCUCCUACGGCAUGGACCCGGACACCGCCCUCCAGCUGCUCGUCUGGGACGGGACGCGCCCUCACUGGCGCAGCCCCGUGUGGAACGGCUACACCGUCCAGGCCAGCUACGUCAGCGGCACCGGCACCGUGGUGUACACCGCCAUCGUCGACACCGAGGACGAGAUAUCCAACACCUUCACCGUCUCCCCCGGCGCGGCCCCCACGCGGUUCGUCCUCACCAGCUCCGGCCAGUUCCAGCUCCUCGGCUGGAACGGCAGCGCCUCGGCGUGGGCCACGGUGGGGUCAUGGCCGUCCAGCGGGUGCAGCCGGUACGGCUACUGCGGGCCCUACGGGUACUGCGACGUCGCCGCGGCGGCUUGCAGGUGCCUGGACGGCUUCGAGCCGGCGUGGGCCACCGGCGGUGACUUCUCCAAGGGGUGCCGGCGGAAGGAGCCGCUGCCGCCGUGCGGGCAUGGGAGUGGGUUCUUGGCCAUGGCGGGGGUGAAGGUGCCGGACAAGUUCGUGCUGGACGGCGGGAACAGGAGCGCCGAGGAGUGCGCGGCGAGGUGCGCCGGGAACUGCUCCUGCAUGGCGUACGCGUACGCCAAGCUGCAGAGCAGCAGCGCCAAGGGGGACGUCAGGCGGUGCCUCUUGUGGGCCGGGGACCUCGUCGACACGCAGAUGAUUGGGCCCCUCUGGGCCUCCCUAGCCGACACGCUAUACCUUCGCGUCCCCCUUCCUCCUGCUGGUUCCGCAGGUACAAUGGCAAGCAAAAAUGCCUUGAAAAUAGCACUGCCGGUGUUAGCCGGCGUCUUGUUGCUCGCAUGCAUUUUGUUUGUGUGGUUCUGUAGGUUCAGAGAAAAGGGGAGAAAAACCGAGAGCCAGAAGAAGCUGGUGCCCGGGAGCGCGAAUACGUCGACUGAGAUCGGAGAAGGAGAACACGCUGAAGAUCUUGAGUUCCCAUCCGUACGGUUCGUCGACAUCGUGGCCGCCACGGGAAACUUCUCCAAAGCAUUCAUGAUCGGGCGUGGAGGGUUCGGCAAGGUUUACAAGGGGACAUUAGAGAGCGGUCGAGAGGUUGCUGUCAAGAGACUGAGCAAGGAUUCUGACCAAGGAACAGAAGAGUUCAAGAACGAAGCCAUCCUGAUCGCCAAACUGCAACACAGAAACUUGGUCCGUCUCCUCGGCUGCUGCACGGAAGGAGCAGAGAAGUUGCUCAUCUACGAGUACUUGCCCAACAAAGGCCUGGACGCCAUCCUCUUCGAUAGUGAAAGGAAAUCGGUGCUGGAUUGGCCGACGCGGCUGGAGAUAAUCAAGGGCGUCGCGAGGGGGCUCCUCUACCUCCACCAGGACUCGAGGUUGACAGUGAUACACCGAGAUCUCAAGGCAAGCAACGUGCUGCUGGAUGCUGAGAUGCGGCCCAAGAUAGCGGAUUUCGGCAUGGCCAAGAUCUUCUGCGACAACCAGCAGAAUGCCAACACCAAGCGAGUCGUCGGAACAUUUGGUUACAUUGCUCCUGAAUACUCUACGGAGGGCGUUUUCUCUGUCAAGUCCGAUGUCUACAGCUUCGGCGUGCUGCUCCUGGAGAUCGUGAGCGGUGUCAGGAUAAGCUCUCCUGAUGACAUCAUGGAGUUUCCAAGCCUCAUAGUCUAUGCAUGGAACCUGUGGAGGGAAGGAAAGGCAGGCGGCCUGGUGGAUCCAUCCAUCGCAGGAAGCUGCUCGCAGGAGGAGGCUUUGCUCUGCAUCCACGUCGGGCUCCUCUGCGUCGAGGGCGACCCGAGCAGGAGGCCGCUCAUGUCGGCCGUCGUGUCCAUCCUGGAGAAUGGAAGCGGGUCCUCGUCGUCGACAUUGUCGCUGCCGAAACCAAACCAGCCUGCCUAUCUCGCGCUGAUGGAAGCAAAGAGAGACGAUCUUGAGAACACCAGGAACAGCAUAACCAUGACCGUUCUUCAGGGACGGUAGUACAGCAGCAUCUUCACAAGGAAGCUGCACUAGUUGGCAGUGUUCCAUAGUUUGUUUUUACUAGGAGGAACCCAAGAUUUGUACAACAUUUAAAUAGAAAUUUGACUUCAGAAAAUUCAGACAACUUACCGGCUUGGACUUUCAGAAAAUUCAGACAACUUUCAGACACAUUCAGAUUCAGAGGAAGUAGAACCAAUGCAACGAGUGAGGUGCGCUUUCUCGGCGUUCUCCUUCUAAUGCAAACAGCACGCAUUCAAGAGGAGAGAGAAAUGAACAAGUGAGCAGAAGAACAAAGAUGCCCGGAUUCAUCUCACAAAUAACCGAGGGAUAUUACACAAACACCAUCUUUAGUGUACAACACCAACUCCUCAUCUCUGACU